AUGAUCAGCUCAUGUAUCGAACCGCAUAUCGAUUGCUAUGCUGGGCUGUUCAGCUACUUACCCUCCGAGGAACCACCGCAUAUUCGAUUUCGAAUAAUAAUCGAAGUGGCCUGGGUAUUCGGUACUCUGAUUGGAAUGUCUCUAUUCCUUGCUGUGAUGCUACUGGCUUGUUGGGUCAAGUUUUGGUAUAACAAUACUAUUUCGUUGAUUACUAGCGCAGUGGUCAUCGUUCCUGCUAUGAUUUUGUUCAUAGCGUUCAGUGCCAUGUUCAACCGAACCCUUACACACCAUGCUGUGGAACACUCAAAACGAAUUAUCGAUUACUUGGAACCACGGCUGAGUUUGUUGGAAUCCGGUCUGUUAACUCAUGAUACUAAUAAGGAAGAUGACGAGUUUUCGGAAUUCUGA